AGGGGGACAGGCUAGAAAGAGACGCUCGUCUCGUCUCGUCCGUCACGUCCGCCGCCAUGGCUCGGGGCCUGCCCGCCGCCGCCGCCGCGGCCUUCCUCCUGCUCUUCGCCGUCGCCGCCUCCGCGGCGCCCGACAUGUCCAUCAUCUCCUACAACGACGAGCACGGCGCGCGGGGGCUGGAGCGGACGGAGGCCGAGGCGCGGGCGAUGUACGACCUCUGGCUCGCCGAGCACGGCCGGGCCUACAACGCGCUCGGCGAGCACGACCGCCGCUUCCGCGUCUUCUGGGACAACCUCCGCUUCGUCGACGCGCACAACGCCCGCGCCGGCGAGCACGGGUACAGCCUCGGCAUGAACCAGUUCGCCGAUCUGACCAACGAAGAGUUCCGCGCCGCCUACCUCGGCGCCAGGCUCCCCGCCCGGACCGACCGCGUGGCCGCGGAGAGGUACCGCCACGACGGCGUCGAGGCGCUGCCGGAGACCGUCGACUGGAGGAACAAGGGGGCCGUUGCUCCCGUCAAGAACCAGGGGCAAUGCGGAAGUUGCUGGGCUUUCUCUGCAGUAAGCACAGUUGAAAGCAUUAACAAACUUGUUACUGGUGAGAUGGUCACAUUGUCAGAGCAAGAACUUGUGGAGUGCUCGACCAACGGAGGGAACAGUGGUUGCAAUGGUGGCCUUAUGGAUUCCGCCUUUGAGUUCAUCAUAAAGAACGGAGGCAUUGACACUGAAGCUGACUACCCUUACAAAGCCGUGGAUGGCCAAUGCGACAUAAACAGGAAAAAUGCAAAGGUUGUGAGCAUUGAUGGCUAUGAAGAUGUGCCGAAAAAUGAUGAGAAAUCACUGCAGAAGGCGGUUGCUCACCAGCCAGUCAGCGUUGCUAUUGAGGCUGGUGGCCGCGAGUUCCAGCUCUACAAAUCGGGUGUCUUUAGCGGAAGGUGCACCACAAAGCUUGACCAUGGUGUGGUCGCGGUCGGUUAUGGCACCGAGAACGGCAAGGACUUCUGGAUCGUCCGCAACUCAUGGGGUCCUAAGUGGGGUGAGGCUGGGUACAUCCGCAUGGAGCGCAACAUCAAAGUCACCUCCGGGAAGUGUGGAAUUGCUAUGAUGGCAUCUUACCCCACGAAGAAGGGACCCAACCCUCCCAAGCCAUCUCCAACCCCUCCAACACCGCCUCCCCCUGUCGCCCCUGAGAAUGUCUGUGACGAGAACUACUCCUGCUCAGCAGGCAGCACCUGCUGCUGCGCUUUUGGCUUCAGGAACGUGUGCUUGGUCUGGGGUUGCUGCCCGAUUCAAGGUGCCACCUGCUGCAAGGAUCAUACCAGCUGCUGCCCACCAAACUACCCUGUGUGCAACAUCAGGGCUCGGACUUGCUCAGCGAGCAAGAACAGCCCACUGAGCGUGCCGGCCUUGAAGCGCACCCUCGCAACGCUGAACACCGCCUGAGCUCAGCGAAGCCGGACAGGGUUGAUCUGGAGCCCGCAGCUUGAAGACGUGGCUUUCAUAGAUCAUCAUUGUAUCUUCAUGAAUUCACUAUUCUCUGUAAAUAACUGCUAGCUAUCAUUUGUACUACUCUGAUUCCUCAAGGAUAUUAUGCGCCAUUAAUGGAGUGUUUUACAAUCCAAAUUCAAGGUUCAAGUA